CAAUGUGAACCAACACCAACCUGCUUCCCACUGUCAGCAACUCAUAAUCAACUAAUUAUUUAAUUAUGCACCCUCUUUGAGUUCUCUGUCUAUAUCCACUAACACUAACAAGUCAACAAAGAAAGAUCAAACAAGUUGACCGACAACAUGUUACAGCACUUCCCAAAACCAAACUUAGAUUAUUCAAAAUACAAAUAAAAGAAACUCACACGGGUGUGAGGUGUCUCUGCUCUUCUCUCCUUUCGCUCCUGCUUGAGAAAAUCAGGUAUGAAAGUUCACUUCUCCGUUCAACUCCUUCUUUCUCUGUUUCUACUGUCUGCAUUUCACGUUCCACAUAUGGUUGUUGGAACUGUGGAGCUUAGAGCUCUGAUGGAGUUGAAGUCCUCUCUGGAUCCAGAGGGAAAGAUCCUUGGCUCGUGGAUCAGUGAUGGUGAUCCAUGCAGUGGCUUCUUCGAAGGGGUUGCGUGCAACGAGCAUCGCAAAGUGGCUAACAUCUCUUUGCAGGGAAAGGGUCUUUCGGGUUGGUUAUCUCCAGCACUGGCUGAACUCAAAUGCUUGUCAGGGUUAUACUUGCACUACAACAACCUUUCUGGUGAGAUACCCCCACGCAUUUCAAAUCUCACUGAACUGGUUGAUCUCUAUCUCGACGUUAAUAGUUUAUCUGGAGCUAUUCCUCCUGAGAUCAGCAACAUGGCUAGUCUCCAAGUGUUGCAGUUGGGAGAUAACCAGUUGGUGGGGAAUAUACCUACACAGAUGGGUUCCUUAAAGCACCUUAGUACUCUUGCUUUGCAAUAUAACAAGUUAACUGGUCAAAUUCCUCUUAGCUUGGGGAACUUGGAGAAGUUAAGCAGGCUUAAUUUGAGUUUCAACAACUUUAGUGGUACUGUUCCAGCAACACUCGCACAUAUUGAGCAUUUGGAAGUUUUAGAUAUUCAGAACAAUUAUUUGUCAGGAAUUGUUCCUUCGGCAUUGAAGAGACUUGGCGAAAGAUUCCAAGGUGCAAACAACCCCGGUUUAUGUGGGGUUGGGUUUUCUACUUUGAGAGCCUGCAACAAAGAUCAAGAUUUAAACGUUAACCAUAUUGAUACCUCAGAUGGAGACCAACCCGAAAAUAGUGAUUCUUCAAAGGCGCUCCCGGAGCCUGCAUAUGUUCAGUCACAUUGUGGCCAGACCCAUUGUUCAAAAUCGCGAAGGUUUCCUCAUACUGUCAUCACAGCAGGUGUUAUAAUCGUUGCUCUUGCAUUCAUAUGUGCUGGAUUUUUAACAUUCUUCAGAUACCGCCGUCAAAAGCAAAGGAUUAGUAAUACAUCAAGUUCUUCUUCUGAAGGGAAAGUUAGUCCUGACCAGCCUAAAGAGUUCUACACAAAAAGUCCGUCUGCACUUGUUAAUAUUGAGUAUUAUAGUGGAUGGGAUCCAUUGUCUAAUGGUCAAAAUGCCGAUGUUGGUGGAUUAUGUAAUGAGUAUCUAAAUCAGUUUAGGUUUAAUGUGGAUGAGGUUGAAUCUGCAACACAGUACCUCUCGGAAACCAAUUUGCUUGGUAAGAGCAAAUUCUCAGCAGUUUAUAAAGGAGUUCUCAGAGAUGGUUCUCUUGUGGCUAUUAGAAGCAUUAGCGUGACAUGCUGCAAAACUGAGGAAGCUGAAUUUGUAAAGGGCUUGAACUUAUUAACCUCUCUGACACAUGAAAACCUUGUUAGGCUGAGAGGUUUUUGUUGCUCAAGGAGUAGAGGUGAAUGUUUCCUUAUCUAUGACUUUGCCACCAUGGGUAACCUGUCUCAAUAUCUCGACAUAGAAGAUGGAAGUGGCCAUGUGCUUGAGUGGUCCAAGAGAGUCUCUAUCAUCAAGGGCAUUGCAAAGGGCAUUGAAUAUCUUCAUAGCAAAGAAGAAAGCAAACCUACAAUAGUUCACCAGAAUAUUUCAGUGGAAAAUGUUCUCCUAGACCAUCAGUUUAACCCAUUGAUCAUGGAUGCUGGACUACCUAAGCUUCUUGCAGAUGAUGUUGUUUUCUCAGCUCUAAAAGUUAGUGCUGCAAUGGGAUACUUAGCUCCUGAAUACAUCACCACAGGACGCUUUACUGAGAAAAGUGACAUAUACGCAUUUGGAGUAAUCAUUCUUCAAGUUCUAUCUGGCAAGACCACAAUAGGUAGUUCAAUACGGACGGCAGUUGAGUCUUUCAGAUUUGAUGAAUCCGUUGACACAAAUCUUAAGGGAAGAUAUUCUAAAUCUGAAGCAGCAACACUUUCAAAGCUUGCAAUACAGUGUACUCAUGAGCUUCCAGACCAAAGACCAACCAUGGUGGAUGUGAUUCAGGAGCUGAGUGUGUCAUCUGCUCAUAUAUAAUCAUCUACUACUUUCUAUUGGUAUUAGGAGACGCUUAAACAUUUCCUUUAGCUGGGUUUCAUACAUGUUAUUAUUUCCAUGAGCAUAUACUUAGCUAAAAAAAACUAGCCAUUGCCCAAUAAUUGUGGAUCUAAACGGACUCGUGUCCUGUUUUUACGAACAACUGGGAUAGUUGAAGGAUGUUCUUUAUUCGGUUUAUUGUAAAAUAAAGGGCUUCCUGAGGUAAUGAUCUCAGCACAACUCUCGUGGUUUAUUGUUGUUCAGCUUGAAACACUUUCUUCUUGGUACUGCAAGAAACUUAGUUUACAGUGAGCUAUGUCUAGUAUAGUGUGUACUUGAAAAAUAUAAAAACAUAAUUGGUGAUGUCCAUGUUCAUGCAAAAACUGCUUGGAAAACAGAGGAAUUUUGAUUGUUACACA